AUGAAUCGUAUUAUUAAUUUUUCAUUUCCAUUUAUAAGAAGAUAUUCAUCACAACAAAAAGGCAAAAAAACAUGUCUUAAUGAAUUACAUAAAAAAUAUAAUGGAAAAAUGGUACAAUUUGCAGGAUAUGAGAUGCCUGUUGAAUAUGAUAAACAUUCUGUAAUUGAUUCUAUUAAACAUACCCGAAAUAAUGUAUCAAUAUUUGAUGUAUCUCAUAUGUUACAAACACAUAUUAAAGGAAAAGAUUGUAUACCUUUUAUUGAAAGUUUAACAACUUCUGAUGUUGAAGGGUUAAAAGAAAAUAGUGGUGCAUUAAGUGUAUUUACUAAUGAUAAAGGUGGAAUUGAAGAUGAUUUAAUUGUUAAUAAAACUAGUAAUGGAUAUUUAUAUAUGGUUACAAAUGCUGGAUGUAUAGAUAAAGAUUUACCAUACUUAUUAACAAAUGCUGAAAAAUGGAAAAAAAAUGGAAAAGAUGUAGAAAUAGAAGUUUUAGAAAAUAGAGGUCUUAUAGCUGUUCAAGGUCCUCAAACAAGUUCUCUUUUAAAAGAUGAAACUGAUAUUAAUAUAGAUGAAUUAUAUUUUAUGAAUACAACAAUUGGUACAGUUUUUGGUAUUCCUGAUUGUCGGGUUACACGUUGUGGUUAUACAGGUGAAGAUGGUGUAGAAAUUUCUGUUGAUCCAAAUAAUGCAUCAUUAUUAGUUGAAAGAAUGUUAAGUAAUGAAAAAAAAAUUGAUGUUCGUCUUGCAGGUCUAGGUGCCAGAGAUAUUUUAAGACUUGAAGCAGGUCUUUGUUUAUAUGGUAAUGAUAUCAAUGAUACAACUACACCAAUGGAAGGUAGCAUAUCAUUUGUUGUUGCUAAACGUAGAAGGCAAACAUUAGGUUUUCCUGGAGCUGAAAAAAUUGUAAAACAAUUAGAAGAAAAAAAAUGUCCAAAAAAACGUGUUGGUUUUAUUGCAGAACCAGGUCGUGCUCCCAGAUCACAUAUCCCUAUUAUUGAUCCUCUUGAUAAGGCAUGUAUUGGUUUUAUCACAUCAGGUGCUCCUUCACCAAUUGUUGGAAAAAAUAUUUCUAUGGGUUACAUUGAUUUUCAAGAUGCAAAAAUUGGAAAAACUGUUUUAGCAGAUUUUGGAAAAAAACAAGUAAAUAUUACUGUUUCAAAAAUGCCAUUUGUCAAAACAAAUUAUUAUGUACCUAAAAAAAAUUAG